UGAUGAAGUGUGGCGUGCUCAACAUAUGAAGAAGAAUGAAGAAGGAGAGAUGAUAUGGUGCGAUGAGGCAUCAAAAGCAAUUUACGAAAGAAUAAAAGAGAUAGUCAAUCAAGGAACUUAUUUGUCUAACAAAGAGAUAAUACUUAAAGCCAAGGGCAAGCUCUCGUCUCGACGUGUUAGGCGGGAGAAAAUUGCUGUGGUUGGGGAAGAAGUUAGAGCUGGGAUAAGAAAUGAGAUCUAUUCAGAGUUAAACCAACAGUUUGAGGCC